AUGUCUCAGAAUCAACGAGAGGCUUGGGAGCGACUGCAGCUUAUGCUGCAAAGGCGCAAGGGUGGUUUUGGAGGGAUGCCCUCUGGUGGCCGCGGCGGUGGCAUGGGCCUCGCUGGUCUCGUCCUGCUCGGUGUUGGCAGCUGGGCCAUCUCGAACUCGCUGUUCAACGUUGAUGGUGGUCACCGUGCCAUCAAGUACUCCCGUGUUGGUGGUGUGAAGAAGGAAAUCUAUAGCGAAGGAACUCACUUCCGGAUUCCUUGGAUCGAGACUCCCAUCGUCUACGACGUGCGCGCUAAGCCUCGCAAUAUUGCCUCCUUGACCGGAACGAAGGAUUUGCAGAUGGUUAAUAUCACAUGUCGUGUUCUGUCCCGCCCACGAGUCGAUGCCUUGCCACAAAUUUACCGAACGUUGGGACAGGAUUUCGAUGAGCGUGUGCUGCCAUCGAUUGUGAACGAGGUCCUGAAAAGCGUUGUUGCGCAAUUCAACGCCAGCCAGCUGAUCACCCAGCGUGAGAAUGUUGCCCGACUGGUCCGGGAGAACCUGGCUCGCCGUGCGGCACGAUUCAACAUUGCUCUGGAUGAUGUUUCCCUGACGCAUCUGACUUUCUCUCCCGAAUUCACCGCUGCUGUCGAAGCUAAACAGGUCGCCCAGCAGGACGCUCAACGUGCCGCCUUCGUUGUCGACAAGGCUCGUCAGGAGAAGCAGGCCUUUAUCGUUCGCGCUCAGGGUGAGGCUCGCUCCGCCGAGCUGAUCGGUGACGCCAUCAAGAAGAGCAAGAGUUACAUUGAGCUUCGGAAGAUUGAGAACGCGCGCCAGAUCGCUCAGAUUCUGCAGGAGGCCGGGGGCAAGAACAAGCUGUAUCUGGACUCCCAGGGCUUGGGUCUGAACGUCAACACGCCGAAUGAGGACAUCAAAUAA